CAGGUGCGGGCAGCACGAUGCGAGCACGGCGAGUGUGACUGCGAGAGCGUGGUGGACACAGAGCACACAGAGCACUCACUCACUCACACACUCACUCAAUCUCAGCGAGGGAGAGACGUCUACCGCGCCGCGUGAGGGGAGCAAUGGCGCUGCUUCAACAGAUCCGCCUCCUGAGCUGGAAGAACGGGUGGACGCUCCUGCGGACCCCGUUUCUGCCAAUAUCAGUCGUGGUGUGGCCAUGUAUCCUAUUCAUCAUCAUCGCCAUCCUGCGAAUUCAAAGCCCCCCUCAACAAAGAUCUGCAUGUUACCUGCCAGCGCAGACACUGCCAAGCGGAGGCUUUUUCCCUUUCCUGCAGUCAUUGGUUUGUGACUCCGCCCCAGAGUGCAAGAACACCAGCUAUCUGCACUCAAGCACUUCAAGGUCAAGGUCUUUACUGUACCAAGGCACGGGGCCGGACGAGGCCAUGGUGUUUCAGACGAUGAAGCUAGUGCGGCUGCACAGGCAAACGGUGGACGCAGAAAUGCCGAGGCUGCAGCAGGACGUGGACCGCAUCUUAAGACAACUCGAGGUGAAUUUCACCCAAGUGUGGGAUGCCACCAAUGGCACAGAGCUGGGUGAGCUGGGUGAAUACCCAGCUCUGUGGAGAAACCUGUCUCACACUCUCCUUGGACGCGUGUUGUCAUCCACCGGCUUCAACAUGGAUGGGAUGAUUUUUGCACAGAAUAUGAAGAUGCUUUGGUGCUCUCAGCUGACUGGGAUGGCUGAGAACAUUACGACAGCCCUGUCGUCCCAGCUCAGCAUUUAUGAGCUGAAGUACUUCAUCGCCAAUUCGCUGCCAACCUUCAACAGCACCAUGCAAAGUUGGUGCAAUAGCGAUCAGUCCCUGUUGGUGGAAGCACUGAACACAUUAAACCAGACAGUUACAGCCCUCAACGUCACCAAGAUAAUGGAUCUGCUGUUAAAUGUGAACUCGUCAAUGCUCACGAAGAUAGAGGACGGCAUAUUGAUGCUGGAGGGAGUUCAGAAGCAGAGUGAAUACAGCUGGCAAGGUGUUAAGGAUGCAUCGUCCAUUCUGAUGGCACUGACUGACGCUAAAGCAUGGAGCAGCCUGGACAGUGUGACUGCAAGCCUCAAGGACAUCAAAGCGUUGGUGAAUGUGAGCAAGGAGUUGACUUCAAGCUACGCUGAACUCCAGCCACCUAUGGAGCUCAUAGAACUCAUCCUGCAAGCAGCCAUCAGCAUCCUUGAGCAGCCAGCAAACCCGGAUAAUACAGCUUGGAGGGACUGGCUGGACCAAGGAAUACAGAAAGGUUUUAACAAAAGCACAAAUGGAGAUUCUUUUAACAUCAGCCUUUCACUCUUUGAGACGGUGCUCACGUGGCUCGAGAAAGAGCUGCAGGGCAACAGCAGCGGCAGCAGCGGCACCUUUUGGGGUCUGGGCAGCACGGACGUCAGCAGCGUGCGAGUGGCGCUGCGUCAGGCCCGCCUCUGGCUGCCCCUGCUGCGUCAGUCGGCGCGGGUGUACGACUGGAGCAGCGAGGGCUAUGCCUGGGCGCUGGGCGUGGCAGAACAGGCGUUGGAUGGCCUUCAGUUCGGCGCGGAGAUUUCAAAGGUCCUGCAGGCUGUGCAAGCAGUCAGAGAUGUGAUUCUGCACGCAACCAAAUUGAAUACAGAGCUGCUUGUUCUGGUCAGGCAAGUGGUGACCGUCAUCGCCGAAAACAUCGACUUGAUGGCCUCGGACGCCAACCGGCGGGUUGACCUCCUUGGGCAAAUGAUUGCCGACGUUGACGUCUUCGUCACUGAAGUGAAGCAGAAACUGCAGCAAAAUCGGUCGCUGAGUUGCAUGGACCUGAUGGUGCUGUGGGACAUGCUGCCCGCGGACAUCCUGACCGACCGCCAGACCGUGCUCUCUGCCGUGUGUCAAGCGAACACGAGCGGGUCCCUCGGCAACUUGACAGCGGCGCUCGGUCACUACGAGGCUCUGCAGCGGGCUAGCACCACGCUGGCGAUCCUGGUGAACGGGAGCCAAGUGGCACCCAGCGGACAGCCGCCAAGGGUCUCCGAGCUGUACGCAAACUGGCAGAGCGUGGUGGAUGCUGCCGGAGAGAAUGUGGACGCCCAGGCGAAAUUCUACAGCUUCCUGCAGCAAGUGUUUGGUGUGAUGCCAUCACCACCCAGCAGCACGGCACUGCUGGACUCCUUUUUGGAACACCUACUCAUCAACCUGAUGUUGGACGUCACCGAUGUUGUGGGCAUGACGGUGCAGCAGACACUGGGAUGGCCCAGCAUGGACCAGCUUGUCAAUGGCUUGCAUUGGAUCAUCUCCACAAUAAACCAGCAAAAUACCACCAGCUUUACGAGCAAAUGCGAAGCAGGAGAGCUGGGAGAUUUCUGCAGGAAUCUUGAUCGUUAA